CUUUCUUUGAUGUCUUACAAUGCUGCUAGCUCUUGCGCUUCACGGAAGACGUAACACACCUUGGGGGUUCCGACCAUACGACCUCCAUGUAACAUGUGUGUGAAGCCUGAGGAAACAUAGCCCGGAGGAGCAGUUUUCGGAAGGGGGACAAAGUUGAGAGGCUACCAUGGAGGAAGUCAGAGAGACUGCCAGGACCAACCCGGCAGCGACGGCGAGCUUUUUGUCCAAGCUAUUUUUCUGGUGGCUCAACCCUUUGUUCAGGACUGGAUACAAACGCAGACUAGAGGAAUCUGACGUGUUUGAAGUGCUCACGGAGGACCGCUCGCAGAACCUGGGGCAGGCUCUUCACAGACACUGGGAUAAUGAGAUGCAGAAGUCGACAAAAGAGAUACGGACACCCAGUCUUUCCAAAGCCAUCAUCAAGUGCUACUGGAAGCCAUAUGCAGUGCUGGGAUUCUUUACCCUCGUCGAGGAGGUGAUUAAAGUCAUCCAGCCGGUCAUCUUGGGGAAGAUGGUCGAAUACUUUGAGAGUUACGACCCAAACAACACAAAGGCUCUAAAUGACGCUUUCUUCUACGCCACCGCCAUGUCUGUCUGCACCAUUGGCCUGGCGUUGCUGCACCACCUCUACUUCUACCACGUCCAGAGAACAGGCAUGAAGAUCAGAGUGGCCAUGUGUCACAUGAUCUACAAGAAGGCUCUGUGUCUCAGCAGUUCAGCGAUGGGAAAGACCACCACAGGCCAGAUUGUCAACCUUCUCUCCAAUGACGUCAACAAGUUUGAUGAUGUGACUAUCUUCUUGCACUUCCUGUGGGUGGGGCCUCUGCAGGCAGCGGCCGUAGUCGGGCUUCUGUGGGUGGAGAUUGGCGCUUCGUGUUUGGUGGGCAUGGUUGUUCUCAUGUUCCUGAUGCCCGUGCAAACCCUUUUUGGAAGGCUCUUUUCUACAUUCAGGAGUAAGACAGCUGCCCUGACCGACAAUAGAAUCCGCACGAUGAACGAGGUGGUGUCGGGCAUUAGGAUCAUCAAGAUGUACGCCUGGGAGAAACCCUUCUCUGCUCUGGUUACUGAGGUCAGAAGGAAGGAAAUCUCCAAGAUCAUGAAGAGCUCCUACCUGCGAGGUCUCAACAUGGCCUCCUUCUUCUGCGCCAGCAAGAUCAUUGUCUUCGUCACCUUCACCCUCUACGUCCUCCUGGGAAACACCAUCACGGCCAGCCGCGUGUUUGUGACCGUGUCUCUGUACACCGCUGUACGCCUCACCGUCACACUCUUCUUCCCCAGCGCCAUCGAGAAGCUGUUUGAGUGCCGUGUCAGCAUCCGCAGGAUUCAGGAGUUCCUGCUGCUAGACGAGAUCACAAACGUCAGGGCAGCUCUGCCACAGGAGGAGAAGAAGGACGCCUCAGUGUUGGUCAAGGACUUGACCUGCUACUGGGACAAGAAUCUGGAUGCUCCCUCUCUGCAGAACAUCUCCUUUACUCUGAACUCAAAUCAGCUGGUAGCUGUAAUUGGACCAGUGGGAGCGGGAAAGUCGUCACUCUUGAGCUCCAUCCUGGGAGAGCUGCCGGAUGAUAAGGGUGUGCUGAAGGUCAGAGGUCAGCUCACCUACGCGGCACAGCAGCCCUGGGUGUUCCCUGGUACCAUCCGCAGUAACAUCCUGUUUGGGAAAGAGCUUCACCAGCAGAAGUACGAGCGAGUGCUCAAAGCCUGCGCGCUUAAGAGGGACAUGGAGCUGCUCCCAGAAGGAGAUCUGACUCAGAUCGGGGACAGAGGAGCCACACUCAGCGGGGGACAGAAAGCUCGGGUCAAUCUUGCAAGGGCUGUGUAUCAGGACGCAGACAUCUACCUCCUGGAUGAUCCACUGAGUGCUGUGGAUGCCGAGGUCGGGAGACACCUCUUUGAACAGUGCAUAUGCGGCCUGCUGAGGAACAAACCUCGUAUCCUGGUCACCCACCAGCUGCAGUACCUGAAGGCAGCCGACCAGAUCCUGGUCCUCAAGGAGGGUUCUAUGGUGGCGAAGGGGACGUACACAGAGCUGCAGCAGUCCGGCGUUGACUUCACCUCGUUGCUGAAGAAGGAGGAGGAGGAGGAGCAACAACCCCCGCCUCAGGAUGGCCCUAUCAGGAACAGAACUCUGUCCCAGAACUCAGUGCUCUCCCAGACCUCCUCUAUGCAGUCGGUCAAAGACGGAGACUACUUACCGGGGGAGACGGUGCAGACGGUAGCAGAGGAGAGCCGCGCUCAGGGGACCAUCGGAAUGAGUCUGUACUACAAAUACCUGCGCGCUGGAGCCAGCAUCUUAUUCCUGCUGACUGUGUUUGCGGUGAACAUUCUGGCUCAGGUAGCAUACAUCAUGCAGGACUGGUGGCUGGCUUACUGGGCGGAAGAGCAAGACAAGCUAAGCAACAGCACCAUCAUCCAAAACGGUCAAAACAUCACAAAGGAGUUGGACAUAGACUUCUACCUGGGUGUUUAUGGAGGUUUGACAAUAGCCGUCAUCAUUUUUGGCUUUAUCAGGAAUUUGGUGCUGUUCAACGUGCUGGUUAGGUGUACUCAGUCUCUGCACAACCGCAUGUUCGACGCAAUACUCAGGACACCUGUACGCUUCUUUGAUGUCAACCCCAUUGGAAGGGUCCUUAAUAGGUUUUCAAAGGACAUUGGCCAGCUGGAUUCUAACAUGCCGUGGACCUUUGUGGACUUCAUUCAGGUGUUCCUGCAGAUUCUUGGGGUGAUCGCUGUUUCUAUCUCGGUGAUCCCUUGGAUCGUCAUCCCCGUGCUCCCACUCCUUAUCGUCUUUCUCUUCCUUCGCCGCUACUUCCUGCAGACCUCCAGAGACAUCAAACGCCUUGAGUCCACCACUCGCAGUCCUGUCUUCUCCCACCUGUCGUCGUCUCUUCAGGGUCUGUGGACGAUCCGGGCCUUUGGAGCAGAGGAGAGGUUCCAGAAAACAUUCGACGCCCAACAGGACCUUCACUCAGGGGCCUGGUUCCUCUUCCUGACCACCUCCCGAUGGUUCGCCCUCCGCCUCGAUGGCAUGUGCUCCAUUUUCGUCACCAUCACCACCUUUGGCUGCAUACUGCUAAGAGACCAGCUGGACGCCGGCUCCGUGGGUUUGGCCCUGACUUACUCCGUCACCCUGAUGGGCAUGUUCCAGUGGGGCGUCAGGCAGAGUGCUGAGGUGGAGAACAUGAUGACAUCAGUGGAGAGAGUCGUGGAGUACACUGAAUUAGAGAGUGAAGCACCGUGGGAAACCCAGAAGCGUCCUCCUCCCGACUGGCCCAGCAAAGGCCUGGUGACCUUCGACCAAGUCAGCUUCUCAUACAGCGAGGACGGACCGCUGGUGCUCAAGAACCUGAAAGCAAUGUUCCGACCCCAAGAGAAGGUGGGGAUAGUAGGUAGGACGGGCGCAGGGAAAAGCUCCCUGGUGUCUGCUCUGUUCCGCCUGGCAGAGCCUCAAGGGAAGAUCUACGUCGAUGGUCUUUUAACCUCUGAGAUCGGCCUCCACGACCUGCGCCAGAAGAUGUCCAUAAUCCCUCAGGACCCUGUGCUGUUCACGGGUUCCAUGAGGAAGAACUUGGACCCUUUUAACUACCACACAGAUGAAGAACUGUGGAACGCUCUGAAAGAGGUGCAGCUGAAGUCUGUGGUGGAGGAGCUGCCCGGUAAGCUGGAGACGGUUCUGGCAGAAUCUGGCUCCAACUUUAGUGUGGGCCAGAGACAACUGGUGUGUCUGGCCAGAGCCGUCCUGAGGAAGAACCGCAUCCUCAUCAUCGACGAGGCCACGGCCAAUGUGGACCCCAGGACGGAUGAACUGAUCCAGAAAACCAUACGGGACAAAUUCAGAGAAUGUACUGUGCUGACAAUCGCUCAUCGCCUCAACACCAUCAUAGACAGCGACAGGAUACUGGUUCUGGAUGCAGGGAGAAUUCAUGCCUAUGACGAGCCUUACACUCUGCUUCAAGAACCAGAAGGAAUCUUUUAUAAAAUGGUGCAGCAGACUGGCAAGCAGGAGGCAGCAGCUCUACUUGAAUUAGCUAAACAGGCUUACAACAGCAGAAGCCGCCCCAUUAUUUCAAAUGGACAUGCAGAAACAGCUGAUGGUAGUUUAGUAAUCUUUGAGACAGCUCUGUGAGCUCAGAGAGGUGCUGACUGGCUGCUUUGCCAGAAGUCCUCAGAAAAAGUGCCUGGGCUCAAACUGUGCAGCCCCCCCCCCCCCACACACACCAGGUCUGGAAAAACAAAGGCCUCAACCACGUCAGCUGGCGAGGAGGCUGAGGAGCUGCAGAGGCACCGGCCUAAGUGUGGCCUUACAUGGCUUAGCCAAAACCAUGCACACUAAGCUGAUGUUUCCUUGGAGUUGAGAACGCAUGGAAAUCACUUCUGUAAAAACAGUUGUCAUAAAUCACUAUUUAUUUUCUCUUCUUCGUGUUUCUUUUACGUUAACAAAUUGCUGCUCUGUGUAUCGAUGCCUUGAAAAAUGCUUUAAACGGCCGCAUAAUCCUUAAAAAACUGUAAGUGCCUUCUAUCAGGUUUGCAGCAGAUUGUACUGAUGUGAUAAUUUAAGCAAUGACGGAGCUCGUUCUAUCCAAAGUUGUCUUUGUGUUUGUAUGAUAAGGUAGCAUUAUUGCACAGGUGUAAUAACCAAAUCUAACUAAUGACACAGCAGCAGAAGUUUCUACAAUCUCGUUAAAGAUCUGUUUUUGUACGUUUGCGUAAAACUUGACUGAUAAAGUUCUGAUUUGAAAUGACACUAUUUUUAUUUGUAAAGUUUCCUUUUUAUACCGCUCUUCACUCCACUGUUGUUUUUACAGGGAGCCAGAUCAGGUGGCAAAGUGAACACAGCUGCUACAACUGUUCUUUUAAUGACCUUUAUUGUUUGACACUUGUAUUACGACUAUCAUACGUGUUGAUACUCUGUUUUGGUGAAUGCUGUAUAAACACCUACAACAUUUUGUGUCUUAAUCUGAUCAAAUGUGCACAAUGGAGAAGUCUUUUUACCUUGGUGACACUGUACGACACAUUCACUAGAACCUUCAAGUGUCAUUUGUAGAGGCUGCAUGACAACACUGGCAUGUUCAUGUUUCCAUUGGACAAAUAAAGUUUUCUGAAUUUUGA